AUGUCAUCGAGCCGCGGACUCACCAUCGCCGGCCUAGCCCUAGCUGGCGGAGUUGGAUACUAUCUUUAUAAUGCGGGUGGCAGUCCCAAGGUUGCUCAGAAGAACUUCGAAGCCGAUGCCUCCAAGCUCUCAUCCCAGAUAAAGAGUGAGAUUCCGGGCAAAGAAAAGGAGGCAGAGAAGAAAGGCGAAGCCGUCGCUUCUCAAGCCAGCCAGAAGUUUGACCAAGCUUCCGCUGAUGCCAAAGCCAAACUCUCCGAAGCCGAAGCAAAAGCAAAAGAGGUUAGUCAAAAGACAGGCAGUCAGAUCAACAGUACCAUCGACAAGUUCGAUAAGACCGUGGAAGAAAAGGCCGCAAAGGCAAAGAGUGGAAUAAGCAGCUGGUUUGGUGGCAGCAAGUAA